AUGGCAGAGAAACUUCCCCCACGCAUAUUAGUUGAGCCUAACCCAGAUCACUAUUUAAACCAAGAUCGUGAGACCAUUAGAGAGCUGAGAGAAAGAAUUGAACAAAUGUAACUACUACUCAGGAAAGAUGAAAAUUAUAAUUUACGAACAAAAAUAAAAGAGUUAGAGGAAGAAAAGUUCUCAAUAACUCAUCAUCUGCAAAAAGAACUUGAAGAUAAAACAGAAGAAACAAUUGCAUUGAGCUCAGAAAUUGCGAAGAUAGAAGAGAACUCUAAAAAAGAAAGAGAGUUUCUUUUGAAAGAACAUAAAGAGCAGCUUAACUGUGAUUUUUAUUAAGACAUCCAAAAAGCAAGAGCUGCAGAAGAAGAUAACUAUAAGUUCCAAAUACAAGAAUUGCAGUCAGAAUUAUUCCAUAGCUAUUUAAUUUAACAUUAAAAUUAGAUUGGCUGGCUAUAUUUUAGAUUAUUAUAAAUUAUUUUAUAUUUAUCAAAAGAUCAUAAAAAAUAUUAAAGAAUUUAAAGAAGCCAAACAAUUCAUAGAUGAAGAGCUCGAGACUUUGAGACGUGAAAAAGAUGACUUAUAUAGAAAGUUAACUUUACAGCAAAAUACAAUAGAACAGCAUUAUCGCAAAGAAGAAGAAAAAUUAAGAAGCAGACAUCAAGAAGAAAUCCGACAGCUAGAAAUUGACGCUCUUAAUAGAGCAAGAAACUUGCUUUCAAAAGAAGAGCAAGACGUUCACAAUGAAAAUAUGAGCUUAGCCGCUGAUAUGAAUAUGCAAAGAAAAGAAGUAGAAGAAAUUAAAAGAGAAAAGAAAAAGACUUUGGAAGAAAAUAAGCAGCUUAAGAGAGAAUUGGAAUUAGUCCAGAAUCAGAUGGAAGAAUGCGCAGCUAAGCAAAGUGAAAUGCAAAAAACUAUAAAAGCUUUGAAAGAAAAAAUAAAAGUGCUUGAAAAUACUUUAACACAAAUUACCAAUGAAACUGAAAAAGAAAAAGAAAUGAUGGUUUUUGAUUUCAAUCAACAAAUACAGGAGAGGGACUCUGAGCUGCUUAAUUUGAGGCAGCAGGUGAAGCUAAGAUCAAAAGAGCUUAAAAGCUUGAAAGCCCUUGCGCAGAUGAUUCUGGAUCAGAGGUCAGAUGUGGAACAAUUUUUCUUGCUUCCCUGUAGGUGAAAAACUAUUAGAAAAAUCCUUUUUUUUGACAAAAGCAAAGCUCUUGUGAGUGAACAAAAUGUUUUUAUGUAUAAUGGAUGAUUAAUAUAAUGAAAUCUCUAGCUAAUUCUGUUGAAUUUUAAACAGCUUGCAUUUAAAGCAUAAAUCGAGCAAAUUAAAUUAAUUUUUGCGAAUUGGGAUUUUAAAUUUUGAAGAGAAAAAAAUUAACUCAACCAGUGAGCGAACAAAACUGUUUUAUUUGUUCAUGGAGGGGGGGUGGAGCUAGAAUCACUUGAGCAGAUUAAAGAAGAAGUGCAGAAAAGAAUGACUGCUGAAGGGAAAUUAAGGAAAUUACCACAAAUUGGAAAUAAAACUAAAGCAUAUUCAGAAAAAGUAGAACUGAGUGAUUUAGACUGGGAAGAUAGAGAAAGGGUUUUAAGGCUAUUGUUUGCUAAAAUGAACGCUGGCGUGCCACCUCAAAAUUGGAGGGGAGAUUAG